GCACGAAGCAAGCCUUGGCGCUGCUGCUAUGUGCCGGUUAUCGUUCCGGGUGUACCGGGUCGGAAGUCAAGGGCCACGAGCUCAAGUCAGCACCUGCCCCCGCACGUAACCCGCGGGGAGUACUCUCGAGUGACCUAGCCCCCAGAGGGUAGAGCUAACUCUACUAAGCGUGCGUCGACGGUCGAUCGUAAAAGCGUGCGUCGACGUCGGUGUGAGCGGGCCGUUGGUGAGUCUCGAAUUGCCGCCGACGAGGUGGAGGCCGUCGAUCUGUGUCGUGAUUCCUGCAUUGGUCGCAGCAAAUGAAGUGCGUCGGGCCAGAUAGCGAGCAGGCAGGCAAAGCGAAAUCGUGUGUUGGUUGCUUAAAUCAGUCAGCCUGUGCGAACAAUGCAAGGAACAGCGGCGAUCUGACAGCCGAGCUUGUCCAUGAACGACUCUCUGGUGUGAAACAUGUAAUCAUGGUACUAUCGGGCAAGGGUGGGGUGGGUAAAUCUACUGUUUUUGGUAUUCCUCGUCAAUUACGCAUUAUUCGUAUCAUGACUAUAGCCGACCACAGGUUUCAUGCCAACUAGCAGCAGCUUUAGCAAAUGAAGGCAGGGAUGUGGGCCUCUUAGACAUAGAUAUUUGCGGUCCUUCCGUACCACAGAUGCUCGGACUAAAGGGACGAGGAAUUCAUCAGUCAUCUACGGGAUGGACGCCAGUUUUCGUUGAUGUCGGAGCAGGCACAGGCGAGCUUGGUGUUAUGUCAGUAGGAUUUAUGCUCCCUGAUGAUGACAAUGCAGUUAUUUGGCGUGGUCCACGAAAAAGUGGCCUUAUUAGACAAUUCCUCAUCGAGGUGGACUGGGGUAAGUAAACGGGGUGGUCUGCCACUGAUGUCUAACCUCCUACUUUCUGGAUAUUUCGCUUUGUAGGCGAGCUAGAUUACCUCAUAAUCGAUACGCCACCCGGCACAUCAGAUGAGCACAUCUCUGUUGCUCAGUACCUAAAGAUGGUAGAUAUAGGCGCAAUUGUUGUGCGGGACCAGAGUCAAUCUAGAAUCGAGCUGGACGCAUAUGCGCUUUAGGUGACAACACCCCAAGAGGUGUCUAUGCAGGAUGUUCGCAAAGAGCUUAACUUCUGCGCCAAAACCAAGAUCAGGGUUAUUGGUGUGUUGGAAAAUAUGAAUCAACUACUCAUUCCUCUUUCCCAUCUCAACUUUGUCGAGAGGAAGACCGGAAGAGAUCAAACGGAAUAUGUCCGCGGGGUCCUUCAGCAGUGUGAUCUCCAGCAGUGCGAUGCUUCUAUUACAAUAUUUCAGUGUGCCCUGGACAAUUCGCCCCAGUCCAUGGCAGCCCGCUUCAAUGUACCAUACCUUGGCGCUUUGCCGCUUGACCCUUCCUUGCAGCGGGCCUGUGAAUCAGGCACAUGCCUUGUCUGCCAAUGUCAGCAGCAUAGCCCAGCGUUUACUCCAUUUGUCAGACUUGUAGACACAAUGCUCUCUAUUAUCACUGCCAACAAAGCCAAAAUACCCAGCCAGGCAUAGACCAAUCAAGCAUCAUCUUUCGCCUAUUUGCUGCUGGUCUCAGCUGGUCUUCACCUCCUGCAGAGUAGCUGCAUGCAGUGACUUCGGAGUUCGUCUGGGGGGCGCGGUGAUUCUGGUAGAAACUUGAAAUUUACCUGACAGCGCGUCGCGAACUGUUUUCGGCGAACUUGGAAGGCGAACUGCUUGUGGCACCUUCGAGAGCGCACGGAUACGCCCUGUGCGCCGUCGAGGCCGUGGCGCGCGUCAGGCGUUGCGGCGCGUCGCACGCCCUUCCUUCAUAGACAGGCAAAAUGCAGCAAGAGUUAGAGUCUCGUAAACAACGCAAAAUUCCCGCGGGUGAGAUUAGCGAAAGACCCUGCCUCUAAGGCGGAUGAGGACGCAGCAGGUCGAGCCUGGAAUACGUGCAGGAACGCCAAGGCAAGUACCAAGGCAUGACGCCGCGGACGGCCCGGCACAGCCCAGACCCGCCCGGGUAAUAGUCGAUCAUCGGAUGCCCCCCCCCUGCAAAUCACCCUCCUAUUUAUCCGCCAUUCACCCGUGUGGUCACCUCCGGGGCGUGCUAGCUAGCCUAGCGUGCGAAGGGCGGCCGAUCGUAUCUCUUAGAUAGAUUCUCUAUAACUAGGCGUCUUGGCUGCGGGCGAAUUGAGCCAAAGGGGCGAGCGAAACGAUUUGGCCUGGCAAUUUUAGUGGCCUGCGAACGUCGCGCCAGUGCCAGUGGAAGUGCCAGUGGCGUUUCGUGCCGCGUCAGGCGACCUAUCUGCAGCCCAGCGGGCACCCGGCCGCGCCUACGCAUCCUCCCUACACCACAGGUACCCGAGGGCCCCUGGGGGACCAAAUUACCAGCAGAAUGGACUUCGCGGCGGAAAGUGACCCCUCUCCCCCCAGCCCGGUCGCGGGGCGUACAAAGGGCUCUUUGGGACCCCGCAGCAAAAUCGCCGCCGGCCAAGUGGCUGGUCCGACUCGAAUCUCGAAUAUAAUUCCGCAACAACAUCUUGUCGUUGGGCCCUCGGGAUUUCCUCGUUCGCCGCGUAUACGACGGCCUG